AUGCUUCGCACGCUCUGCCUCAUCCCAACUCCCUCCUCCUCCUCCUCCUCUCUCACCACCUCAAAUCCCCAUCCUCCUUCACACUUCAUCAAGUUCCGUACAUCCUACCGCGAAAACCUCCGCUAUCUCAAAACGCUGCGUAUCAUCUCCCCUCAAACCAACCCCAAAAAACUCCCCCUCCCCGACGCCACAGACCAAAUCCUCUCCACCGUAAAUUUCCUCAAGUCCAAGGGCUUUUCGGAACCCGACUUCCCUAGGCUCGCCUUCCUCUCCCCCAAGCUCUUCUCCCCAACCCUCGACCCCACCGACAUCGCCCCAGUCUUCGACUUCCUCGCCGCCGAGCUCCCCGCCGACCCCUCGUCCUCCUGCGGCCUCAUUCUCCGCUGCCCGGACCUCCUCUUCUCCGACGUCGAGUUCUGCCUCCGCCCCACGCUGCAUUAUCUCAAACAGUUGGGGCUAGAGAAGCUCGGGGCUCCGACGAAUUUGAAUGCACAUUUGUUGAACACGAGGGUGGAGAAGCUCAAGAGGAAGAUGAAGUUCCUGAGGAGUUUGACACUUUCGUACGAGGAGGCAGCGAAUGUGUGUGUGAGGCUCCCUGCGAUUUUCGGGUACAGCGUGGAGGAUAACUUGCGGCCCAAGUAUGAGUACUUGGUGAAGGAGAUGGGGAGGAGUGUGGAUGAGUUGAAGAAGUUUCCUCAGUAUUUUGGGUUUAGUUUGGAGAAGAGAAUAGUGCCGAGGCAUUUGCAUUUGAAGGAGAGGAAUGUUGAGAUUCCGUUGAACAGGAUGUUGCUGUGGAGUGACCAAAAGUUCUAUGCCAAGUGGAAAUAA